AAGUAUUGGUUUGAUUGCUAAAGAGUACUCUUGGAUCUAUUGUUAAUUGGAGUAACUACUGCAUUUACUAGUUUCAUCUGGAUUGCCUUGAUUUAUCUCGCUCUUACCAUCUAGACAAAAAGAGCUACAAUCACAUGUAACUUGCUCAUUUCUUGUGCGUGCUUCAAUUCUCAACGUGUAAUCUACUCUUUAAGCCCUAUUCUGAUAAGUUUGUCAACGCUCUGUUUAAACCAUGAAGUUCGCUGCCAAUUUAUCUACAAUGUUCAGUGACCUGCCCACUUUACAGGAAAGGUAUGAAUAUGUCUGCUUCAAGUGUCCCGUUAAAUUUGAUGCCAUUGAAUGUCAGGAUCCAUAUAUGUUAGCCAUUAAGGAUUGGCGUAGACUGUUUGAAAAUUGUUCAGUAAAAGGUGCUAAACUACCGAAAUGGGAAUUGAUAAACUCAGUGCCUUUAUUCCUCGAGUUUCCUGAUCUUCGUAUUCCAAGCUUUGAGGAAUAUAGACUUAAAGUUCUCGACAAAACUUUAGAAUAUGCCAAAUUUUUGGACUGUCAAAAGGUUCAUCUUAUCCUUGGUGAUUUGCCUUUCAAAUCAGAGAAUCCUGAUCAAAUUACUCACCUAACCGAGAAGAUGACCACUUUAUUAUAUCAAGCCGCUCAUUACUUGGAGUUGGAACAUGUAAAUUGCGUGAUUGAACCUUUAUCAUUGAAGGAGCGUGAAAGAUAUUAUUUAAGAUCUUAUAAAUUAGCAGUAAAGAUACUUGAGCAAAAUACCAAAUCUAAAAAUCUUCGAUUGUUAACUGAUAUCUAUCAUCUUCAACGUGUUGAAGGUAAUUUAACGGAAGCUAUCAACAAGUAUAUGCCGCUAACUGGUCAUGUUCAGAUAUCACAAGUUCCCCUAAGAGAUUGUCCGUUUAACGAAGGAGAAAUCAAUUAUAGAUAUGUAUUAGAAGUAUUAAGAAAAGUCCACCGUGGAUUCAUUGGAUUGGAAUACAAAUGUACCACUGAAGAUGAUUUACUAUGGAUCAACAAUUAUACUAAUUGAGAGGCUAUUUUCCCGUUGUAUUCAAUCUCAACUGUAAUUGACAUUCUUUCUUUAUCUUUACCAUACAAAUUGUUUUAUUUUUCUGCCAAUAAUGGAGACAUUACAUGUAUCUGUUGUACGUUUAUCUUAUUUUUCAACCUGCUAACCAGGAUAAUUACUUUGCUGGAGUAAUAAACUUUUAUAUUAUGUAUCA